AUGCUCACUGCGAAUCAACAACGGAUCUGUAUUGGUCCGGUGGUGCCAAGAAAUGCAGAGGACCCCAUCACAGUGUUGCUGCCGAGCCCUAGUUCAGGGCACCCAUCUCGAUAUGUUAUUCAGGAAGGUCGGCUUUACGAGAUGCAGAUGAUCGACUCGGAAGGUCUGCGGUCAUGGUUCAUCGGCGAUACAAUCCAAUCAGACGGAUCAAUUUACAUAAUCACUUUACUGGAUCCGAUAUUUAUGUUCAUCCCAAUUCUGGAGUUCGCCCGCCUAAAAACCUCGAAGUCUGCCGGCCGCUUCCUCGCUCUGAGCGACAUCUUUGAAUCCGACCAGUACACCUCCCUCCGACACCUUUCUCACCUCAUUAACACCGAAUCUUACCUUUCUUCAAUCUGCGAGGUUCAGGAAUCCAGAGAUACGAUGACAUUUCGACUGGAUGAUGCAAAGGUCAUGACUUGGCUUAAACGAAAAGUCCAAGUCCUUGAGGAAAAGUUCUUGACGAUCCCUGCAUUAGUGGAUUCGAUUGCGUAUACAGAGUCCAUGUCAGAGGCCUGUAGAACAGAGGCCAUCAUUCAGUCCUCACUAAAACUCGUAUCCGCAUACCUGCCCGACUCCUGGGCUACGAAACUCGCUGACGAAUACCAAUUCCCUGAGCUGGACAAAUUGGAGAGCAGGACACAAUUGCCACUCAUAUCCGACUUUGGCAAGCGCUCAGGAAUGGAUAUGGACGAGGAUGCGAAGCCCAAAGAAACUAAGAAACCCAAAAUGACAGUCGGGCAGAGAAAACUGGCCAAGGCUGAUAAAUCGGGAAUGAAGCCAUUAUCCAGCUUCUUUGCAAAAAAGACAACCUGA